GUUGCCUUCUCGACACCAUUCGAGACUUUCAGACUCUUCAAGUUCGGAUUGAGAGAACCCAGUGAGCGAAGAUGGCUUGGGAAGGGGGAUUUGAGCCUAAUGGCACAGAGGGCAAAAACUUCUACAUCCCCAUGUCCAACAGGACCGGAAUUGUUAGAAGUCCCUUUGAAUACCAGCAGUACUACUUGGCGGAUCCCAUAAUGUUUAAGCUUCUGGCUGUUUACAUGUUCUUCCUGAUCUGCACGGGAACCCCCAUCAACGGUCUGACACUGUUGGUGACGGCUCAGAACAAGAAGCUUCGGCAACCUCUCAACUACAUCCUGGUCAACUUGGCUGUGGCUGGUCUCAUCAUGUGCGCUUUCGGCUUCACCAUUACCAUCACGUCUGCUGUCAAUGGCUACUUCAUCCUUGGAGCCACCUUCUGUGCCAUUGAGGGAUUCAUGGCCACACUGGGAGGUGAAGUUGCUCUGUGGUCUCUGGUGGUGCUGGCCGUCGAGAGAUACAUCGUCGUCUGUAAACCUAUGGGAAGCUUCAAGUUCAGUGGUACACACGCUGGAGCUGGAGUCCUUUUAACUUGGAUCAUGGCUUUAGCAUGUGCUGCACCCCCACUCUUUGGCUGGUCCAGGUACCUGCCCGAGGGCAUGCAGUGCUCCUGCGGACCUGACUACUACACUCUGGCUCCAGGCUUUAACAACGAAUCAUAUGUCAUGUACUUGUUUGUCGUCCACUUCUUCAUUCCCGUCUUCCUGAUAUUCUUCACCUACGGCAGCCUUGUGCUGACAGUCAAAGCUGCUGCAGCCCAGCAGCAGGACUCAGCCUCCACUCAAAAAGCUGAGAAGGAAGUCACACGUAUGUGCGUGCUGAUGGUCUUUGGCUUCCUGCUAGCUUGGGUGCCAUAUGCUACUUUUGCUGGAUGGAUCUUCUUGAACAAGGGAGCUUACUUUUCUGCUUUGACUGCUGCUCUCCCCGCCUUCUUUGCAAAGAGUUCUGCCCUGUAUAACCCUGUCAUCUAUGUGCUGUUUAAUAAACAGUUCCGUAACUGCAUGCUGAGCACCAUCGGAAUGGGCGGCAUGGUGGAGGACGAGAGCUCAGUUUCCACCAGCAAGACAGAAGUGUCCUCAGUGUCUUAAAUAUGACGACACCUCAAAGUCUAUGGACAUUUUCCUUACUGAUUGCAUCCAGAUUUUUAAACCAUCCCAUGAAAAAAGCAUUGUGAACUUUUGCCACAUGGAAUUAUGUCUAAUGAAAGGACUCUGGACAAAACACUCUAAGGAAUAUCAACUCAACUGUCAAUAUGUAUAAACAAGACGAAAGUAGAAAAAGAUACAAAAAUGCCGCAGGUUGUGUAAGUCGUCUGUGUAUGUGUGUGUGUGUCAGUGUGUUAGUAUGAGUGUGAAUGAACCAGGACUAACUGUACAGCGUUUGGUGGCACUCAAAAAGCGCGUAAAAAACACAAUGUGUAAUCAAUGUGCAAUAUGGGGGAAUUUUCAUUUAAUUAUGUCACGUUUCGCUGGGCAACCAGUGCUUUUGUUUUUACGUAUUUUAGAAAAAAAUAACAGAAAUUAUAGAAAGGAAUAUCCACAAUAAAUACGUGCAUUAAAAUAUUUG